GUGUUUCCCUUGAUCAGGGAAGUGACUGCACAUGUGGAUUUGCUUAGUCAAUUUUGUUUGUCGAGCACAUUCGCACGCCACAGCACAAGUGAACCUUUCACCGGCACCACAGUCAUCGUGCCUAUGAAUAUCAAACCGCACUCUGACGCCGCACACAGAGGAAUCCACACAACCAAUCAGACUUCCGUGAAAGAUCAUAAAACCACAAAUAUAAACUUACACCGCAAGAUGAAGUACACUCGGUAGACGUGCUGAGACCAGUGACGCCACAGCAGAUCAGUAGAAAACUACAAAUGGAAGGCAUUGAAUCAAUGAUUGACUGGUUUUUGGAGAUGGACAAGAACGAGGAUGGCGUCGUGGACUGUAAAGAAUUAGAGCAGUUCUAUGAAAGCAAGAAUCUACCUCGGGAUAAAAUUGAUGACUUCAUUAACCGAUUCGACAAAAAUGAUGAUAAUAAAAUCACAUUGGCGGAAUUUUGCCGUGGCCUUGGACUAAGGGUCGAUGAGAUAACUGCCGAAAGAAAACAGCGCAAGCAGGAUCGAGAAAACGCUGGCAAACCUCUUUCCGGCGCCAUUCAAAUUGUUUCGACAACCAUGUCAUCUCAAAAACAAUAUGAGAUCACCGAAAAGUUUAUGGAUCUAUGCAAAACUCACGGCACGGAUUCCAAUGGAAUGAAAAUUGUGGCCAAAGAAUUCAAAGCAUUCCUUGACAACCAAUACGGGCGCGUGUGGCAGUGUGUAGUACUGACUGGGUCUUAUUGGAUGCAUUUCUCGCACGAACCAUUCCUAUCGAUCCAGUUCAAAUACGACAAGUAUAUUUGUUUGGCAUGGCGCACCCCUCAGUGUUAAAACGUUUCGCCAAAAUCGAUCAUUCAAAAUUGGCCGGUGUCAUUUAGUGUGUACGAACUAUGUAAAACAGCUCUCUUUGAAGGAAAUAAAUUUACUACGAACUUGUUCUGCCUGUUUGAACUUGAAAGUCAGCGGCUGUUCACUAACCUAGUCUUUUAUUUCACGGUAUUCUGUUCGUUUUGUUUUGUAAAAACUACCCCUGUUCUCCUCUCACAGAGUUGUGGCUUGCCAUCCGAAAAGUGCACCUUUGUCCUUCCGAAUAGUUUGUUUGCUUGGAAAUAUUUUUUCCAGCACAGCGAAAAAG